AAUUUAAAAUGCCUGAGUAUGUUAUCAGUGGUAUCCCCGUCAACUUUCCGUUCGAACCGUAUCAGGUACAGAGGGAUUAUAUGGCAAAAGUGAUCGAGUGUUUACAAAACAGUACCAAUGGAGUGCUCGAAUCACCAACUGGAACCGGUAAAACGUUGAGCUUGUUGUGCUCAUCCCUUGCAUGGAUUUUGUACAAAAAAGCUCAGGUGCAAGCCAAUAUGCGAACUAAUAUUACUGAUCUAAAGGAAUUCGAACUGACGAAAAAGAAUAAGCUUGGGGGAGCGCCGAACAGCAAACCGGAUGACAUGUCGGAGUUGUUGGACCAGCUGAAUGACGGUGCGGGAUCAGAGGGAGCUAAAUGGGGAGUACCAAAAAUAAUUUACGCCUCACGCACCCAUUCGCAGCUUACCCAAGCCAUGCAGGAAAUGAAGAAUAGUAGUUACAACUUUUUACGCGCAAUUAUACUCGGUUCACGAGAUCAGCUGUGUAUUCAUCCCGAAGUUUCGAAAGAGGAAGGAAAUGCCGUAAAGACAAACCUCUGUAAAGCGAAGAUACAAUCCCGAACCUGUUCGUUUUAUAGUAGAGUUGAAAGCUGCAAGGAGCGUCCGGAGAUAGUGAAAAGUACUAUUCUGGAUAUCGAAGAUUUGGUUACAACCGGAACUAAAGUUAAAGCUUGUCCGUUUUAUCUAUCUAAAGAGUUGGUUGAAAAUGCCGAUAUACUUUUUAUGCCGUAUAACUAUCUUUUGGAUCCGAAAGCACGCAAAGCCAAUAAUCUGCAGUUAUCAAAUACGGUAAUAAUCCUUGAUGAGGCGCACAAUGUGGAAAAGAUGUGCGAAGAAACUACCUCAACGCAGAUCCGAUCUUCGGACAUUGCGCUGUGCAUUGAUGACAUCACGUCGAUUAUGAGUGUCAUGGACCACUCGAUUGCCAUCCCGGAAGACGACGAAGGAAAAAAAGAUUUCACCAUCGACGAUUUGGCUCUGCUCAAAGAAAUGAUGCUUGCCCUGGAGAAGGCUGUGGACGAGAUACCGAUUAUGUUUUCGCAAGGUGGAAAUACAUUCCCUGGAACGUAUAUUUUUGAUGUUCUAAAUAAAGCUAACAUUAAGGAGGGAAACUAUCACAUUAUCGCCCAGUUGCUGGAGAAUAUUAUACAGUACAUCGCAACGAUAACCGAAAAAAAUAACUUUGUUCGCCGUGGAGGUGGUCUGCAAAUGUUGGCCGAAUCGCUGUCUAUUAUUUUCGCGGGCAGUGGGACUGAAUAUCGGAAUUCGAUUGCCAAAUGCUAUAAAGUGCACAUUGAUUUCGAAGAACAGAAGAAAACCCGCGGAAACGUUCGGCAGGCCGACGGUUGGACCGCUACGAAGCAGCAGGUACAGACAGUAAAGGCGAACGCAAAAAUAGUAAGCUUCUGGUGUUUCAAUCCAGGCUUCGGUAUGAGACAACUGCUUGGUCAUCACGUGAGGAGUAUAAUUCUUACAAGUGGCACUUUGGCUCCCUUGAAACCUCUGAUAAGUGAAUUGGAUAUUCCGAUUUCUGUAAGGCUUGAAAAUCCUCACAUAAUAGAUGGCAGUCAAGUGUACGUUAAAAUCGUUGCCCAAGGACCAGACAAAGAAAGCUUAAACUCCAGUUAUGCCAAUCGGGACAAUCCAAAGUAUAUUCAGAGUCUAGGACGCACAAUUCUCUCCUUCUGUCCUAUCAUACCGGGUGGUUUGCUCGUGUUCUUCCCAUCGUAUCCAGUACUGAACAAAUGUCAAGAAUCGUGGCAAGAGUCGGGCAUUUGGGCUCAAAUAAGUCGCACAAAACCAAUCUUUGUGGAGCCUCGUGGAAAGGAACAAUUUCUCAAUGCAAUGAUGGAGUACUAUCAGCGAAUUAACGAACCGGGCGGUAAAGGGGCAGUGUUUAUGGCCGUUUGUCGCGGGAAAGUAUCGGAAGGUCUAGACUUUGCCGAUAUGAACGGUCGGGCGGUAAUUAUCACUGGACUCCCGUUUCCUCCCCUAAAGGAUUCCCGAAUAGUGCUGAAGAAAAAGUAUCUGGAAGAGGUGCGGAAUCGAGAGAAUGAAAUCAUCUCCGGUGACGAAUGGUAUUCCCUGGAGGCAUCCCGUGCCGUCAACCAAGCCAUCGGGCGAGUAAUUCGACACAAAAACGAUUACGGCGCCAUUCUGUUGUGCGAUAAUCGCUUCCACAAUCCUCGCCAAAAAGCUCAGCUUUCGGCUUGGAUCCAGCGCCAUCUCCACUUUGCUCAGCAACCCACAUUCGGUCCGAUAAUCGGCGAACUAUCGAAGUUCUUCCGCAAUGCAGAAAAAAAUCUUCCCCAAGCAAAAUUGAUCCGAUCGUUAGCACCAAUUCUACCGACAGAACCACCUGUGACGGCUGCUGGCCCUAAUUUAAAUAGUUUGACAGUGAAUCCGGAAACGAAAAAGAAAUUAGACGACAUCAAAAGCAAUUUUCACGAAAUAGAAACCUCCAAUCAGGUGUCUUCUUUUAAGAUUUCCGACUAUCAACGCGACAAUUCUCUAGUUGAAAACAAACCGGCGGAUUUUUUCGGCCGUCUUAACACUCAGGUUAAAUCGAUCGAUUUUAAUGAUAUGAGCUCAUAUGCGGAACGCAGUUCUUCUCAAGAUUCCUUGCUAAAGCGUGAACGGUCACCCCUGGUUGGAGUUAGUCAGCCGGUAUCGCUCAGUUCAACGAUACAAAAAAGACGAAAACUAGUUCUUGUUCCACAAGCAACGAUUAGCCUGGUCGAUACCGACGACGAUGAGGACAGUAAAAAGGACGAUCGCACUCGACAGGCCCCAGAGGAUCGAGUUGAAUUGCUAAAGGAGAUUAAAUCGUCCAUCAGCAUGGCCAAGUACAAACUUUUUCUGACGUCCCUAACAAACUAUAAGAACGACAAAAGGUUCGAUACGCUGAUACACGGAAUACUGGAAGCAUUUGACAGACCGGAACUGUACUAUUUACUUCGAGCUAUGCGUCGGUUUAUAAGGGCAGAGCAUGAGAAUGAAUUCGAUAGAAAAAUUAAGGAAGUUUGCGGUUAAGUUCGGCAUUUACUAGCAGUUUUAGUACUGAAC